AUGAUGGAAUCUCAUUGCAGAAUGCAGACCAAGAACUACCAGCAUGUCCAGGCACUAGUUUUUGCUGUUAAUGAAAUCAAUGAGAACCCCCUGAUUUUACCCAACAUAUCCCUGGGAUUCUGCAUAUAUGAGAAUACUUUUGAUUUAAGGAAGACUUAUGAGACAACUUUGGCUGUUCCCUCAACUCGGAACGGAAUGCUUCCAAAUUACAAGUGUGACCAGAAGGACAAACUGUUGGCUGUUAUAGGAGGGAUAGAUUCUGAAACGUCUCUUCAGAUUGCAAAUGUCUUACGCUACUACAAGAUCCCACAGUUAGCUUAUGGUUCAUUCGAUCACUUACUCAAGGACAAACAAAGGUUUCCUUCCCUCUACUUGAUGGCACCAGACAAUGGUUUCCAGUAUGUGGCCAUAGCACAGUUACUCUUGCAUUUUACAUGGACAUGGGUUGGACUCAUUGUUCCAGAUAAUGACAGCAGUCACACGUUUGUGCAGACUUUGGUGCAAGUGCUCAUUCAAAAUGGCAUUUGCAUUGAAUUCACAGAAACAAUUUCAAUCAUAAACAUGGAUUUCAAAGGCUUGGCGCUUAUAAAACGAAUUGAAUCAAUGAGUAAAACUCUCACACAGGGGAGAGCGAACGUGAUAGUUCUUUAUGGGGACUCCCAUUCCUUGUUUGGGUUUAGAUUACUGAUAGCUUCCUAUUUACAAUGGUCAAUGAAGCCCAUAGGAAAAGUUUGGAUUGCCUCAACUGAUUGUGAUAUCACCUCAAUGAAAUCUCAGAAUAUCAUGGAUCUGCUGAGCUUCAAUGGGACCCUGUCCUUUGCAACCCAAGCCAAUGAAAUUCUGGGAUUCAGGGAAUUUCUCCACACCUUGGACCCUCAUCAUACCUUUGCUGACAUUUUCAUUCAUGAUUUCUGGAAGGAAGCAUUUGCCUGUGUAUUUAGAAGGGCUGACUCUGCGACACAAAAUAAGCAAAAAUACUGCACUGGUGAGGAGAAGCUGGAUACCUUGUCUGGGUCUGUAUUUGAAAUGAGCAUGACUAGUCAAAGCUACAACAUCUACACUGCCAUUUAUACCAUUGCACAAGCGUUCCAUUCAAUGUACACCUUGAGACCCAAAAGCACUUUGAAACUGAGCAGAAGACCCUUGGAGCCUUGGGAUAUGCAGCCAUGGCAGCUCCACCCACUUUUGCAGAAAGUCCUUCCUAAAGGGAAAGAUGAAUCAACAACUCGUUAUGAUAUUGUAAAUUGGAUAUUGUUCCCAAAUCUGUCUUUUAACCAAGUGAAAGUGGGAAGAAUGGACUUUGCAACUCCUAGAAAUCAUCACAAUUACAGUAUUGAUGAGGAUGCCAUUAUAUGGAACUCUGUGUUUAAUCAGACUAUUCCACAUUCAUUGUGCACCGAAAGAUGUCAUCCUGGAUACAGCAAGAUGCAACAAAAAGAACAGCCGGUUUGCUGCUAUGAUUGUGUUCCAUGUCCCAAAGGGACAAUUUCUGAUGAAAUGGAUUUGGAGCAAUGUGUAAGUUGCGCAAAUGAUCGCUAUUCAAACAAGGAUCGGAACAAAUGUCUUCCUAAGUGGAUUAGCUUCUUAUCCUAUCAAGAGCCUCUAGCAAUCAUUUUGGUUGCAUUGGUUGUUGCCUUUGCUUUGAUCACAGCUUGUGUGCUGUGGGUCUUUGUGAAGCACCACGACACACCUAUAGUGAAAGCCAACAACCGAGAUCUUACGUACAUGCUUCUCAUCUCCCUUUUAUUGUGCUUCCUCAGCUCUCUACUCUUUAUCGGCCAUCCAGGAAAAGUGACCUGCCUUCUCCAACAAAGUGCUUUUGGCACCAUCUUCUCUGUUUCCGUUUCUUGCAUCUUGGCAAAAACCAUCACUGUGGUUCUGGCUUUCAUGGCCACAAAGCCAGGAAACAGAAUGAGGAAAGGGGUGGGGAAACACUUGGCAAAAUCUGUGAUCAUUUCCUGUUCACUCAUACAACUUGGCAUUUGUGCUGUGUGGUUGGGAACCUCUCCUCCAUUCCCAGAGCUUGACAUGCAUUCACAAAGUGACCAGAUCAUCGUGAAAUGUAAUGAAGGAUCUGUCAUCCUGUUUUACGCUGCCUUGGGUUAUAUGGGUAUUCUGGCACUCAUUAGUUUCAUUGUGGCAUUCCUAGCCAGGAGGCUGCCUGAUAGUUUCAAUGAAGCCAAGUUCAUCACUUUCAGUAUGUUGGUGUUUUGCAGUGUUUGGCUCUCUUUUGUUCCCACCUAUCUGAGCACCAAAGGGAAAUAUAUGGUGGCAGUAGAGAUCUUCUCUAUUUUAGCUUCUAGUGUUGGAUUGCUGAGUUUCAUAUUUUUCCCUAAAUGCUAUAUCAUUAUUCUUCAGCCCAGCAUGAACACAAGGGAACUUCUAAUGCAGAAAAGAAAAAGUGCUAUGGAAUGA